GUUGUUCUUCGAUUGGGCUUUGGGAGAAGAAGCCGAAGAAGAGAAGAAAUGAAAGUGCCGUGUUGUUCCGUUUGCCAAACGCGGUACAACGAGGAAGAGAGAGUUCCACUUCUUCUUCAGUGCGGCCAUGGCUUCUGCAAGGAGUGUCUCUCCAAAAUGUUCUCCGCUAGUCCUGAUACGACCCUUCCUUGCCCCAGGUGCCGCCAUGUUUCCCUUGUCGGAAACUCCGUACAGGCUCUGCGCAAGAACUUCGCUGUUCUCGCCCUAAUUCAUUCCAGCUCCAACUCCAACUCCGCUCCACCUGGUGCUGCCGCCGCCCCAAAUUUCGAUUGCGAUUUCACCGACGAUGAUGAAGAUGAUGAUGGCGAUGAAGGAGGAGGGGACAAUGAUGCUGACUCCUUCUUGCGCCGCCGAUGUAGUCGUGCUUCUGGCGCAUCGAGCUCAGGCCGGUGUGGACCGGUAAUCGAAGUUGGUGCGCACCAAGACUUGAGAUUGGUGAAGCGGAUAGGGGAAGGGAGGCGGGCUGGUGUUGAAAUGUGGGCUGCAGUUAUCAGUGGUGGUGGGGCAGGGCGGUGUCGCCACCCUGUGGCUGUGAAGAAGGUGGUGAUUUCGGAGGAAACCAGUGUGGAUUGGGUGCUGGGUCAACUCGAAAGUUUGCGGCGUGCGUCGAUGUGGUGUCGGAAUGUAUGUACUUUUCAUGGGUUUACGAGAAUGGAAGGCUCUUUUUGUCUUGUUAUGGACAGGUGCUACGGGUCUGUUCAAUCCGAGAUGCAACGCAAUGAGGGCAGGCUCACUUUGGAGCAAAUCCUAAGAUAUGGGGCUGAUAUAGCACGAGGGGUAGCUGAACUUCAUGCUGCAGGUGUUGUGUGUAUGAAUCUGAAACCAUCAAAUCUUCUCUUGGAUUCAAAUGGACAUGCAGUGGUUUCUGACUAUGGGCUUGCUGCUAUUCUAAAGAAGUCCGACUGUCGGAAAUCUCGGUCAGAGUGUGAUACGACAAGGAUCCAUUCUUGUAUGGAUUGUACAAUGCUAAGUCCACACUAUGCAGCUCCGGAGGCUUGGGAGCCAGUAAAAAAGUCGUUGAAUUUGUUUUGGGAUGAUGCAAUUGGUAUUUCUGUAGAGUCAGAUGCCUGGAGUUUUGGCUGUACUUUGGUUGAGAUGUGCACUGGUUCCAUCCCGUGGGCCGGUUUAAGUGCAGAGGAAAUUUAUCGAGCUGUCGUGAAGGCUCGGAAGUUGCCUCCACAAUAUGCAAGUGUAGUAGGUGUAGGGAUACCUAGGGAGUUGUGGAAAAUGAUUGGUGAGUGUCUGCAGUUCAAAGCAGCCAGAAGACCUACUUUUAGUGCAAUGUUAGCUACUUUCCUUCGUCAUUUGCAAGAGAUACCACGUAGCCCUCCGGCAAGCCCUGAUAAUGACUUCGCUAAAUGCUCUGGAUCAAAUGUGACAGAACCGUCUCCUGUUUCUGAUCCAGAAGUAUUCCAAGAUAACACCAACCUUCUACAUAGACUUGUGUCUGAAGGGGAUGUGAGUGGCGUUAGAGAUCUGCUUGCAAAGGCUACAUCUGGAAAUGGUAGUUGUGCUAUAUCUUCACUUCUAGAAGCUCAAAAUUCAGAUGGCCAAACUGCUCUCCAUUUGGCUUGUAGGCGUGGUAGUGCAGAGCUUGUUGAGGCUAUUUUGGAAUAUAGAGAAGCAACUGUGGAUGUGCUGGAUAAAGAUGGGGAUCCUCCACUUGUUUUUGCAUUAGCAGCUGGGUCCCCAGAAUGUGUUUGUGCUCUUGUUAGAAGAGGUGCUAAUGUGAGAUCUAGCUUAAGGGAAGGGUUUGGUCCAUCUGUUGCUCAUGUUUGUGCUUACCACGGCCAACCCGAUUGCAUGCGUGAGUUAUUAAUUGCUGGAGCUGAUCCUAAUGCUGUGGAUGAUGAAGGUGAGACUGUGCUGCAUAGGGCUAUUGCCAAGAAAUAUACAGACUGUGCUCUUGUCAUAUUGGAAAAUGGUGGUUGUAAGUCAAUGGCUGUUCCGAACUCAAAAAAUUUGACACCAUUACACUUAUGUGUGGCAACGUGGAAUGUGGCUGUUGUAAGAAGGUGGGUGGAAGUUGCAAUUUUAGAAGAAAUUGCUGAUGCAAUUGAUAUUGUCAGCCCUGUUGGUACUGCUUUGUGUAUGGCAGCUGCAGUAAAGAAAGAUCAUGAAAUUGAGGGGAGAGAAAUGGUGCAGCUACUCCUUGCUGCUGGGGCAGAUCCAACUGCUCAAGAUGCCCAGCAUGGGCGAACUGCACUGCAUACAGCUGCUAUGGCUAAUGAUGUUGACUUGGUAAAGAUCAUUCUUGAUGCCGGAGUUGAUGUGAACAUACGGAACGAACACAAUACAAUUCCUCUUCAUGUGGCACUGGCCAGAGGGGCAAAGUCAUGCGUUGGGUUGCUCCUAUCAUCUGGAGCAAAUUAUAAUUUGCAGGAUGAUGAAGGUGAGAAUGCUUUCCACAUAGCAGCAGAUGCAGCGAAAAUGAUUCGUGAGAAUUUAGAAUGGCUUAUUAUUAUGCUUCGGAAUGCAGAUGCUGCUGUUGAAGUCAGAAAUAACAGUGGCAGGACAUUACGUGACUUUUUGGAGGCUCUUCCUCGGGAAUGGAUUUCUGAGGAUCUGAUGGAGGCGCUUGUAAACAGGGGAGUUCAUCUUUCACCAACAAUAUUCGAUGUGGGGGACUGGGUUAAAUUUAAAAGAAGCAUCACAGUUCCAACAUAUGGUUGGCAAGAUGCUGAACAUAAAAGUGUUGGCUUUGUCCAAUGUGUCCCAGACAAGGACAAUCUCUUUGUGUCAUUUUGUUCUGGAGAGGCUCGUGUUUUGGCAAAGGAAGUUGUAAAAGUCAUUCCAUUGGACAGGGGACAACAUGUGCAGCUUAAACCAGAAGUAAAGGAGCCUAGGUUUGGUUGGCGUGGUCAGUCACGAGACAGCAUUGGAACUGUUUUAUGCGUGGAUGACGAUGGUAUCUUGCGUGUUGGGUUUCCUGGGGCUUCGAGAGGAUGGAAAGCUGAUCCUGCAGAAAUGGAAAGAGUUGAAGAAUUUAAAGUAGGCGAUUGGGUUCGUAUUCGGCCCUCUCUAACAACAGCAAAGCAUGGACUAGGAUCUGUAACACCUGGAAGUAUUGGUAUUGUCUACUGUAUCAGACCAGAUAGCAGUCUGUUGCUGGAAUUGAGCUACCUUCCAAAUCCAUGGCACUGUGAACCAGAGGAAGUUGAGCUUGUAACUCCUUUCAGGAUUGGGGAUCGUGUAUGUGUGAAGCGAUCUGUUGCAGAACCCAGGUAUGCUUGGGGUGGCGAGACUCAUCAUAGUGUCGGAAGAAUAAGUGAAAUAGAGAGUGAUGGUCUCCUAAUUAUUGAAAUACCAAAUCGACCGAUACCAUGGCAAGCUGAUCCCUCGGACAUGGAAAAGGUGGAAGACUUUAAGGUUGGAGAUUGGGUCAGAGUGAAAGCUUCAGUACCCUCCCCAAAAUAUGGAUGGGAUGACAUAACAAGGAGCAGUAUUGGGAUAAUUCAUAGCUUAGAGGAGGAUGCUGACAUGGGCGUUGCCUUCUGCUUCAGGAACAAGCCCUUCCGUUGUUCUGUUACAGAUGUAGAGAAGGUGUCUGCAUUUGAAGUGGGUCAAGAAAUUCACAUUAUGCCUUCUGUAACUCAGCCACGACUUGGAUGGUCAAAUGAAUCUCCUGCCACUGUUGGGAAAAUUGUUAGGAUCGAUAUGGAUGGAACAUUAAAUGUGAAAGUUGCUGGUCGGCAAAGCUUGUGGAAAGUUUCCCCUGGAGAUGCAGAAAGACUUUCAGGUUUUGAAGUGGGAGACUGGGUCCGUUCAAAACCAAGCCUUGGGACUAGACCGAGUUAUGACUGGAAUAGCAUUGGGAAAGAAAGUUAUGCUGUUGUACAUAGCAUACAAGACACGGGUUAUUUGGAGUUAGCCUGCUGUUUUCGGAAAGGUAGGUCAACUACUCAUUACACAGAUGUUGAAAAGGUUUCAUGCUUUAAAGUCGGCCAGCAUGUUCGGUUUCGGACUGGAAUUGCUGAGCCAAGAUGGGGCUGGAGAGGGGCUCAGCCUGAUUAUAGAGGCAUCAUAACCAGUGUUCACGCUGAUGGGGAAUUAAGGGUUGCUUUUUUUGGUUUGCCUGGCUUAUGGAGAGGCGAUCCUGCAGACCUUGAGAUUGAGCAGAUGUUUGAAGUUGGAGAGUGGGUUCGAUUAAGACAUAAUGCAAGUAACUGGAAGUCCAUUGGACCUGGUAGUGUUGGUGUGGUGCAAGGGCUAGGGUAUGAAGGGGAUGUAUGGGAUGGAACCACUUUCGUUGGAUUUUGUGGAGAGCAAGAAAAAUGGAUUGGGCCUACUUCUCAUCUUGAAAGAGUGGAGAGGCUGUCAGUUGGUAAGAAGGUUAAGGUUAAGGGGUCUGUAAAGCACCCAAGAUUUGGGUGGUCAGGCUACAGCCACUCAAGUAUUGGAACUAUAUCUGGAAUUGAUGCUGAUGGAAAGCUGAGGAUAUAUACUCCUGCGGGCUCAAAAUCUUGGAUGCUAGAUCCUUCUGAAGUUGAAGUAGAGGAGGAACAAGAGCUUCAAAUUGGAGAUUGGGUUAGGGUUAAAUCAUCUGUGUCGACCCCAACACAUCAGUGGGGAGAGGUAAAUCAUUCAAGCAUUGGAGUUGUUCACCGCAUGGAAGAUGGGGACCUAUGGUUGGCAUUUUGCUUCACAGAAAGGCUGUGGCUUUGUAAGGCGUGGGAAGUGGAUUGGAUUAGACCAUUUAAAGUGGGGGACAAGGUAAGGAUUAGAGACGGGCUGGUGACCCCUCGUUGGGGUUGGGGAAUGGAGACACAUGCAAGCAAGGGACAGGUAGUUGGAGUGGAUGCAAAUGGGAAGUUGAGGAUAAGGUUCCGAUGGAGAGAAGGCCGGCCGUGGAUCGGAGAUCCAGCUGAUAUCGCUAUUGAUGAAAACUAUGGCAGAAUGGGUUCUUCAUGAGUGAGCUAUCCCAUUACUUUCUGCAACUUGUGUUGCUCUUGUUUGUGGGUGUUUUGCGAUGGAUUUCCGCCCUCUCGAGCUUGCGAGGGAGAAAAGGGUAGCUCUUGCUGCCACCGCUGCUGCUCGAUAAACGGAUAUUAUUGCAAAGAGCUCUGCACUACAAGAUUUAUUUAUUGUUAAUAAAACAGAGAAGAGUACAACAGAUGGAUAGGUAGAGAAAGAGGAAGAAAGAUGGCUUUGUUGUCCUGCUGUUAUUUAUAGUUGAUACAAAGGGCACAGCCAUGAGAAAGUUGGCCUUGGGCCAUUUCUCAUCUCAUUUAUAUAGAUAAAAAUGUUUUUAGCUACACAAGCUCUUGUUUCAUCUAUAUAUAUAUAUGUAUAAUUAACUAUAUUGUUAUUUGUGUCAUUGUAUAAAUUUAAAUGCUUUUUAUCUUAUGAGUUAGAUACAUUUUGGGGCA